UCACUACUCGGACCCUCCCCGAAACGGUCGCCCACCAAUUUUGACCCAACACGACGACGACGAAGCGAACCGUUUCCCAUCCCGAACGGCUAUUUCUCUCUCGCCGUCUCCGUUCUUCUUCACUGUCUCUUUCACUGCCAGUCCACCAUGCGGAAGCCUUGCUUCGUCGUCUCCGGCGCUCCGGCUCUCCUCCCCUUGCUGGUGCUGCUGUCGGAGAUGGCCGGCGGGACGAGGGGCGACGACCAGAGCUACGACGUCGAGCUGUGGUGCGUGGCGAAGAACAACGCCCCCGACUCGGCCCUCCAGACGGCGCUCGACUGGGCCUGCGGCCACGGCGGCACGGACUGCUCGCCCAUCCAGUCGGGCGGACCGUGCUACGACCCCUCCGACAUCCAGGCCCUCGCCUCCUUCGCCUUCAACGAUUACUUCCUCAAGAACGGCCUCUCCCAGCAGAGCUGCGACUUCUCCGGCACCGCCGCCCUCACCUCCCUCAACCCCAGUUUCGGAAACUGCUUUUUCCCAUCGAGUUUUUCAGUAAAGAAUGGGACCUCGGGAGGGAGGAGUACUGAAGGAGGAGGUGUCCCUCCUGGUUUCUACAUAAAUGAGUGGGGAGGUGCAGCGGGAGAAAGAAGGGCAUCUGCAUUAUCUGCGUCUGCAUCUGCUGCGGCCACUAUGGUGGUGCUCAUCCUCACUCUUUAUCCUUCAUGAUCAUCUCUUCUUCUUCUCACUUCUCACAUCUUCACUGAGUGUAUAGUCGGAUGCAACAAAAUUACUUCUCAUCUUCUGUCCUUUUCUCUUCUUCAUCAUCAUCUUCUUCGUCUUUUCCCAGAGCCCACAGCUCAUUUACUGCGUUCACGGGCCAACGAAUUGUUAUAUAAUAUUCACUUGGUACCUUUUUUUGGAAGGGCUGUACUGUAGUAGUUUGUCGGUCACGACCUAGUGAAAGGUUGCGUGUUAAAUUAUGAAGUCUUCUUGGAUGCCA